UUUCAGUUUCUGGCGCGAACUUCCGCCGUUCCGAAGUUGCACGGCGAAUUGGCGCGAUGUCGGGGGACAGCAACGGCCGCCGGUCCGAGGGCAGGGGCCGGGGUCGCGACCCACACCGGGACCGCACGCGCUCUCGCUCCCGCUCGCGGUCCCCGCUGUCGCCCGUGUCCCGCCGCGGCUCCGCGCCCGAGCGCAGGGAGGCCCCGGAGCGCCCGAGCUUGGAGGAGGCAGAGCCGUCGGAUUCCGGGGACGAGCUGGUGGACCCGGCCAGCUUGGAGGCGGAGACCGACCACGGCCUGUGCCGCCAGAUCCGCCAUCAGUACCGGGCGCUCAUCAACUCGGUCCAACAAAACCGAGAGGAUAUACUGAAUGCCAGCGACAAAUUGACAGAGGUCCUUGAAGAGGCUAACACUCUGUUUAAUGGAGUGUCCAGAGCAAGAGAAGCAGUCCUCGAUGCCCAUUUUCUUGUUCUGGCUUCAGAUUUGGGCAAAGAGAAAGCAAAGCAGCUGCGUUCUGAUCUGAACUCGUUCGACAUGUUAAGAUACGUUGAAACUCUACUGACACAUAUGGGUGUAAAUCCGCUAGAAGCUGAAGAACUCAUCCGUGAUGAAGAUAGUUCUGAUUUUGAAUUCAUAGUCUAUGACUCCUGGAAAAUAUCAGGCCAAACAGCAGAAAACAUCUUUAAUAAAACCCAUACAUUCCAUUUUCUGUUGGGUUCAAUACAAGGAGAGUUCCCUGUGCCAAAGCCACGAGCCAAUCGUCCAAGAAAAGUUCCUAUGAUAGAACAACAUAAGGAAAUGCCUUCCCAGCUAAAAAGAAUGGAAGAAUCUCAUCAAGAAGCAACAGAAAAAGAAGUAGAAAGAAUCUUGGGAUUGUUGCAAACAUAUUUUCGAGAAGAUCCUGAUACUCCUAUGUCCUUCUUUGACUUUGUGGUUGAUCCACAUUCUUUCCCCCGCACAGUGGAGAACAUCUUUCACGUUUCCUUCAUUAUAAGGGAUGGUUUUGCAAGAAUAAGACUUGACCAAGACCGACUGCCAAUCAUAGAGCCUGUUAAUAUUAACGAAGAAAAUGAGGGCAUUGACCAGAACACCCAAAUUAGGAAUCAAGGAAUUAUAGCUUUGAGUUAUCGAGACUGGGAGGAGAUUGUGAAGACCUUUGAGAUCUCGGAGCCUGUGAUUCCUUCAGGCCAGAGCCAGCAGAGGCUGAGUGCUGAUGCCAGCUGAAGGACUCGGAUGGAUAGUGAAAUCCAAAAAGGAAAGCAGUGUGUAUUGUAUAUAUUGUAUGAUUAAACAUUUUUAAAGACAGAUUGUUUUUAGUAAAAUGUAGCUUUUGAUAGUUAAUGAAUUUGUCAUGGUUGUCUUUGAUUAAAGGAAAUUCACUGCCA